CCUCUUCUAUUUUAUUCAUUUAAACAUAUCGAAAAUUCCUAUAUUUUCAAUAUCCUUUAAAGAAAGAAAUCGACAAGAAAACUUAUAAAGAAUAACCAAUAAUAAAAAGCUUUUUUGUUACAAAAACUUUUUACGUAUUUUUUAAUCUCUUCUUAAACCCUUGACCCUCCCCCUUUUCAUAUUUCUGUUUGUUUAAGGCGUUUUAACAAAGUAAGUUUACCUUUAACAAGAAAAAGAAAGAAAUACUAAAAACCUUUCUUUUUCUAAUAGCGAAACGCCUACAAGGAAAUAGAGUAACAGCACUGGACAAGCACACAGUAAUCCUUCUUUACGCUUCAAGCACCAUCUUUUCCAAGGCCACCAAAGAAAAGAAUAUAAUACCUUCGAGUAGUAUCAAUAAUAGUAAUAAUAGUAGCAGUUUCAGUAUAUUAAGUCCAUGAUUAUCGCAAACCCCGCCAAAAAGGAAAUAUCAAUUCCUCUACAACCCAUGACUUCUGCAGUCUCUUCCAACUUAUAUCCUGUAGAGGAAACUGCAGCCGUAGAUAUUGUCACAGUGAAUAGCCGCAAUAAAGGCACAAAUGAUUUCAUUGUGCAAGUGUUUGGUCAAACAAGCUUACUUGAUGUUCAAGUGAAAGAGAUUCUAUCAAUCUCUACAUCCCACUCUGUUGACAAGUCAUUAAGGAAUCUUUCUUGUGAAGCAUUUAUACACAAUGACACAGUUUUUAUUUCUUCUCCCUUUGUGGGAGCUAAUGCCGUCUUAUUAAACUGGGCUGACGGUGAAUUUCAAUCUUGUAUCACUCACUUGAUUGAACUCGCGGAAGAAAAAACUGGUUGCAGUGCUCUCAUUAUAUCUAUUGACAGACGUAAUUACAAGGACUCUAUCAGUACUAUUCUUCGUGCAUUCAUGUACCUUGGCUUCGAAAUGGUCGACCCCUCAAUUUAUGGUCAAGAACCUGGUUAUGUUUUUGUUGGUUACGAGCUCUAAUCUAAAAUUAAUAAACUUUGCUUUUGUCUUACAUUA